AUGUCCUCGUCAAAGAAGCUCGCCGAGUUCCCCAACAUCGAAGCGAAGUUGCAGAAGCCGACCAAGAAGUCCGUCUUUGAGCGCCAACGCGAGGAGGCCGAAGCCAAGCGGAGGCGCGAAGAGGCCGAGACGGCAGCUGUCCUAGAGGACUUUGUGAAAAGCUUUGACCGCGACAGUGACCGCGAUAACUCACGCGACAACCGAUUUCCUCACAGUAAAAGCGAUCGGCCACUGAAUGUCUCCGACCGGCCCCAGGGUUUCGGUGCCGGGGCAGGCAAGCGACAUUUUGGCAUCCAAUCUGGCUUGCCACCACCAAAGAGCGGGCCCGGAUCUUUGGGCCCGUUACCGACAACAUUUGGGAGAAAACGAACUUUCGAUGGCUUCUCUGAUAGAGGGGAACGUGGGGAGGGCACUGUAGGACGCGCACGACCAGGUGUGGGGGAACAUGACAACAGCAGCCGAAAGAUCGCCAAGGCCUUUGACAACAGCGAAGAUGAAGCCGAGUCUCUUGCAAGUGACAGGGCUGAAGAGAAGGCCGUCUCUAAGCCGACCUUGCGCCUUUCCAAUUUGCCACCAGGCUCAUCCCAGUCUCUGAUUAAGUCACUCAUACCAGCCAGUCUCAAUGUCGAGAACGUCAAAUUCCUACCGCCUGCUGGACCAAUAAACACCGAACGGAAAUCAGCCACCGCUAUCGUCACACUCUCCCCUGAGACGGCGGCCACGGAAAUCGACGCUGCUGUCAGUACGUUGCAAAAUCGUUACCUCGGCUUCGGGUUCUAUCUGUCACUUCAUAGGCACCUCUCCUCGGCUGCCAUCUCAAGUUCCCUUAUCACGACUCAGACGAAUUCGCAUUCGUCUCACCCAUUCGGAGCCAAGCCGGUUUCUCAGCCAAAAGAUAGAUCAUCAUACCGAAGCAGGGGUCGAGGCUUCGCACCACCAACGUCUUAUGACGCUCAAGUCGGCAGUCCGGUAAAUCGCCCUGGAGUAAUGCACGUACCAGUGCGUCCCCCCAAAGACAUACAUAUGCUACGCACUAUCCACAUGGUAGUGGAGUCUAUCCUGGAGCAUGGGCCCGAGUUCGAGGCGCUGCUGAUGUCGAGACCUGACGUUCAACGCGAAGAGAAGUGGGCUUGGAUAUGGGACGCGCGCAGUGAGGGCGGUGUAUGGUACCGUUAUAGGCUUUGGGAAGUCAUAACUGGUGCCAGGACCCAGAGGGGCAAAGGCAAGUUUGUGCCGCUCUUCGAAGGUGGUAGUGCUUGGAAGUUACCAGACCAGCCACUCUCGUAUGAGUACACAGCUGGCGUAGAUGAGUUCGUGUCAGACUCAGAGUACAACUCCUCGGAUGACGAUGACUUUUACGAUGAGCAUGUUGGGAAAUCUGGAGAGGGUGGCCCUGGCGCGGCAGCCGCUGGAAACGAACAGGAAGAGAAUGUUCUCAGUCCACUGGAGAAAGCAAAGCUGGUUCACUUACUGGCACGCCUUCCGACCACCUUAUCCAAGCUACGAAAAGGAGAUAUUGCCAGGGUGACCACGUUUGCCAUCACCCACGCCAGCCGAGGAACGGAUGAAAUCACGGAUCUUAUCGUGUCGAAUGUCGAAAAGCCUUUUGCAUUCUCUUCUGCGAACCCUGAUUACAAACCAAACCAAAACGAUAGAGCCAAAGACACGAAGUCUUUGUCGCCGGCACCCGAUUCCAAGGCACCUAGCGAGCCCCAAGAUGUAAGCACAUCGAAACUAAUAGGGCUUUACGUGAUCAGCGACAUACUUUCGUCUUCCUCAACAAGUGGGAUACGUCACGCUUGGCGCUACCGACAGCAUUUUGAAGCUGCCUUACGGAACCGCAAGGUCUGUGAAGGCCUUGGAAUGGUCCCAGAGAAGAUGGGGUGGGGCCGUCUCAGAGCGGAGAAAUGGAAACGUAGCGUGGGGCUGGUGCUGGGUCACUGGGAGGGCUGGUGCGUUUUCCCUGCAGAGUCGCAAGCCUUCUUUGUCGACAGCUUUGAGAAUCCGCCCGCGCUGGCGCUGGCGCAACAGCAGAAAGAGGCCAAGGAAGCCGAAGAAGCAUUGAGCAAGAAGAACAAGUGGAAGACGGUACCCAAGGCUAUUGCAGGCGAGGCCAGUGCGGAUAAUCCUGGUCCAGCGGGCAACAGCUUCGUCCUUGAUGACGAGCGACAUCUCGAUGGUGAAGGUUAUCUCGAAUAUACAGACGACGAAGACGUGGACCUUGAAGUGUUGGAGGGAGAGGAUAUUGACGGAGAACCCAUGAUUACCGAUGGGAUGGCAGGGCUCUCCAUGGAAGAGGAUGGGGAUGCCAAGACAGGUGGCGACGCAGAAUUGCAGCCACCCGGUAGAUCUGGGGCAGAAGAACCUCAACAGGUCACCAAAUCUGUGGGUGGUUUUCAGAUGUCAGCUGCAUCGGUCAACCCUAAGAAACGCAUGCGGGCAAUGGACAUGUUUGCGAGCUCUGACUCUGAGGAAAAUUAA